GUCAUAUGAAACUUGACUUAGUGAUGUAUGUCAAAAAGAGAAAGUAAACCAGUUAACCUAUUGCAUUUAGUUUCAGGACAACAAAAGUCCUGACUUUUUUCUCUAAGACGCAGUAGAGAAAGUACUAUUCCAACUUCUAACAUUCAGUAUCAUGACUAUAAAGCAACGAUUUUAUGUCAUGUGUAAACGUACCCAUUACACUAAUUUACUUUUACUAGAGAAGAAAUUUCCUUACUGCUCUUACUCAAUGAAAAUAAGAUUGCGCUUGGGCAAUUACAACCAAUCAUCGAUCUGACCCUAAAGUACCACUUGCUCGUGUUCUCCGCUCCCCGGAAAUGAUUUUACACCUCCCGGUGGAAGUAUAAUCUCCCCAAUGAGAUGAGGCAGAAAACAGAAACGUGCGAAACCACCAGGUUCAGCUCGUAAGCCACCAAACCGUCCAAGAGGUAAUAAUAUGGUAUCCAAGGAUCCUGUUCAAGUUUAUUGUCGUUUAAAGCCAAUGCAACAUCCAGCUGAUGUUUCUUGUAUGAAGCUUAUAUCUGAUACAACUGUAGUUAUUACACCACCAGAAUCAGCAAUGAAUUUUCGUAACUCUAGCAACAAGGAAAUUCAAACAACAUUUAGUCGUGUAUUUUCACCAGAUGCAACGCAAAAAGAGAUUUUUAAUAUAGUUGCUCUCCCAUUAGUUGAAAAUGUUAUUCGAGGUAGAAAUAGCCUUUUAUUCACCUAUGGAGUAACAGGAAGUGGUAAAACAUAUACUAUGACUGGUGAAACACAGGAUGCAGGCAUAAUGCCUCGUUGUCUUGAUGUUCUGUUUAACAGUAUUGCUAAUUAUCAGACCAAAAAAUUUAUUUUUAAACCAGAUAAAUUAAACGGUUUUGAUAUACAAGGUGAAGCUGAUGCAAUGCUUGAUAGACAAAAUGAACUUCAUGCUGGACUUAUGUUACAGAGAAAUGGAAAAUCAGGCAAAGUGAGAAAAGUAGAGAGUGAUAGUGAGAGUAAUCCAAUGAUUGUUCGUGACAUAAAUGAAUCACAAACAGUACAAGUGGAUCAAGACAAUGUCUAUGCUGUAUUUGUAACAUAUGUUGAAAUUUAUAAUAACAGUGUAUAUGAUUUAUUAGAGGACGAGGAUAUUAGAAACAAGGUAUUACAGAGUAAAAUAGUUAGAGAAGAUGGUAAUAAGAAUAUGUAUGUGCAUGCUGUAACAGAAAUUGAAGUAAAAAGUUCAGAAGAAGCAUUUGAGGUAUUUCAGCGUGGACAGAGAAGACGAAGAGUUGCACACACUGCGCUUAAUGCAGAAUCAAGUAGAUCACAUAGUGUCUUCACUAUUCGUCUUGUACAAGCACCCUUAGAUGGUGAAGGUGAACAAAUUAUACAAGAUAAACGGGUGGUAUGCAUCACUCAGCUAUCCCUAGUAGAUUUAGCUGGUAGCGAAAGAACUAAUAGGACUAAAAACACAGGUCAACGAUUAAGAGAAGCAGGAAAUAUUAAUAAUUCUUUGAUGACGCUACGAUCAUGUUUGGAAAUUUUAAGAGAAAAUCAACUUCAGGGUACAAAUAAAAUAGUACCCUACAGAGAUUCGAAACUCACCCAUUUAUUUAAAAAUUAUUUUGAUGGAGAAGGACAAGUUAGAAUGAUUGUUUGUGUUAAUCCAAGAACAGAUGAUUAUGAUGAAACAAUUCAAGUAAUGAAAUUUGCCGAAAUGACUCAAGAAGUCCAAGUAGCUAAACCAACAAUUACGAAAAUAGAUCUUGGUUUUACACCUGGAAGAAGACAGGCAAAUAAGUUAUUUAAGGAGGCAUGUAGUAAGUUGCAAAAAGAGGGCCAUCCUGAAGCUGAAGAUUUAGAAGUUGAUGUGGGUUUAGUGUAUAGUUUAGGUGGGCCAUUUCCUGAAUUGGAAAUUACUUCUCCACGCAAUGAUCAAAUAAUUAAUAAUUUAAUGCAUUUUUUAGAACAGCGUAUUAACAAACGGAAUUUACUACGUACUGAUUUACAGCAAAAACAAAACGAUCUUAGGAAAAAGAUAAUGGCAAUGGAACAAGAAUACAUGAAUUUAAAGAUUGAAAAUGCGUCUCUGAAAGCCGCUAAUUCACAACAAAAAAAGAAGGUUUCUGCAUUAGAGGGUCAUUUAUGUAAGACUGAAGAACAAAUUGAUAGCUUGCUUCGAAAAUUAAACAAUGCAAAUGAUACAAUCCGCAGCUUACAGCAAGAGUUAAAAGAUAGAAACAUGGCACUAAAUCAACGUUUAAUAGAUAAGCAAAGAGUGAAACAAAAGUACAACACUAAAAUGCAGUUAGAAACUGAUAAAAUGAAUAAAGAAUUGGAAAUAAAGUUACGUCAACAACGUGAACACUUACAGAAUCAAAUGAAAGAAAAAGAGGAUAAAUUAAGAUUAGUAAAACAAAUUUUAGUUGAUGACAACGUACCUAGUGUUUCUAAAGAUUGUGUUGUACCUACUAUUAACUGUGCAGAAGCAACUCCAAAAACAACAGAGGGUCGAUCACGAAGGGAUAAAGCGGGUGUUGCAAAUCCAAGGUACAGGCGUUCACAAAGCGCGGAUAAGUGGAUUGAUCACAGACCCGGAGCGCUUGUUCCUGUUGGAACUGUUCUUCAACCUUUAAUGCGUAGAAGACGUAGUGUUACGCGACUUACAGAUCCAAAGGAAAUUACAGACGGUGCAUCCAGGUAUUGUCUUAUCGCGCAAGAACACGAUACUGAUGGUGAACUUGAGACAAAGUUAUUCAAGGGAGAUAUAAUACCCACUAGUGGAGGAGGCGCACAAGUUGUAUUUAAUGAUAUGGAAUGCUUAAAACAACUAUCUCCAAAAGCAAGGAAACGUAGUGGUCCACAGGAUACAGAAAAUGAAAUAGGCUCUUCGAGACAUUCGUCUACACUUGCAGAGUCUCAUUCAAAACGUCCACGUGUAGUAAAUUAACAGUUUUAUUAAUAUAAUACUAGUAUAGUAAUAAUAGUUUUUAUACGAUAUAUAAUAUAAUAAUACGAUACACAUAUAAAUAUCUAAAAACUUCUACUAAAAAUAGUAAUGGUAAAGAAAAAUACUAAUAAUAGUUAAAAACAAUGAUAUGAAGUCAAGAUGUUAAUAUUUUCCUUUAUCGUUACUAUUUUUGGUAAAAGUUUUUACAACCAAAGUUUUUACAAUAUCAGUAUUAUAAUUUAUUAAAUAAUACAGUUCGCCAACAAUGAAUUGUGAGAAGCGAUAAUAUUGUAUACAUAAUACUUUAUAUCGUGAGGCGUAAUAUGAGUUAUAUGACUGCUAUCUCAUAACAUGUAUAUAUUCGUAAUAUUUGAUUUUGAGAUAAUUAAUAGUGAAUUUUGCGCCUAAUGUUGACUAAUAAUGUAUCAAUCUAAUCUAAUCAUACAUUUUGAUCAUGUUUACUCAGUUUUUAUAUACAAUUAUUUAUA